CUUAGCUGAAAAGAUGAAUUUGUUGAUGUUACGGCGGUUUUGGGUGGUUCCGGCGGUGGUGACGGUGGCAUUGUCGGCGGUGUUAAUGUGUGAAGCAGGAUGUGGUUAUGAAGCUAUCUUCAAUUUCGGCGACUCAAAUUCCGACACCGGUGGUUUUUGGUCGGCGUUUCCUGGUGCUCCACCGCCAAAUGGUAUGACGUAUUUCAAACGUCCGGCAGGUCGGGCUUCCGACGGCCGCCUCAUUAUUGACUUCAUAGCUCAAAGAUUGGGAAUUCCAUUAGUGAGCCCGUACUUGAAAUCAAUCGGAUCGGAUUACAAGCAUGGUGUGAAUUUCGCGACACUGGCGUCGACAGUGUUGCUACCGCAGACCUCCUUGUUUGUCUCUGGACUGAGCCCUUUUGCGUUGCCGAUUCAACUGAACCAAAUGAAAAACUUCAAGGCCCAAGUCGACCAACUGUAUGAUCAAGGGUCGUCCAAUCUUCCUCCACCUGAUAUCUUUGGGAAAUCGCUCUAUACAUUUUACAUCGGUCAGAAUGAUUUCACAUCUAAUUUAGCUAAAGGUAUUGACGUAGUCAAGCCGACCCUUCCGCAAGUCAUUUCGCAAAUUACAAGCACAAUUAAGGAGUUGCAUGGAUUAGGAGGUCGUACGUUUUUCGUCCAAAAUUUGGCACCGAUCGGAUGCUACCCUUCAUUCUUGGUACAACUCCCUCACGACAAUAAAGAUAUCGACGAGUUUGGAUGUAUGAUCCCGUUCAACAAUGCCGUAGUCGAAUACAACAAGAUGCUCCAUGACGCACUCAACCAAACCGGAAAAGAACUCUCGGAUGCGAACGUUAUAUACGUCGAUUCUCACAAAGUGUUGCUCAAGCUUUUCCGACAUCCCGCUUCUCACGGUUUGAAGUAUGGUACAUUAGCGUGUUGCGGAAACGGGGGAGGUCCAUAUAACUACAAUCCGAAAGUGUUUUGUGGGAACAAUAAGGUUGUAAACGGACAAAAUAUCACCGCGUCGGCUUGCGGUGAUCCCGAAAACUACGUGAGCUGGGACGGAGUCCACACGACAGAGGCCGCAAACAAGAUUAUCGUUGAUGCCAUCCUCGGUGACGGAUUUACGAACCCUCCUUUUGAGAUCAAGUGUACGUAAUUCGGCGUUCGGUUUUCGAUUCGAAUAAAAUAAAACAUAAUAAAUAAAAAAAGGAAAUAAAAAUACAUAAAUUUC